AUGGAGCAUCCUCAGUCCAAUUGGAUUCCUGUUGACCGCAAGCUGCAGCAAGGGGAGGUACACGGUCAGAAGAGACAGGAUCAAUCAAGGCCAAUACUAGAGUUCUCAAACAACAAUUCAGAGGGACUGAACUACGCGCUCCGAGCAAUUUAUAUCCACUUAUAUCAAAAGCAUUAUCUCGAUCGCCUUACUCAUGCGCUCUACACAUGCAAGGGCAAUAGUCUCAGCAAGGCUCAGCAUGAGAUGACCAAAGAGGAACGGGAUGAUAUAGCUUUCACGCGUAUGAUACGUGUCGCCUUCCCGCAUCAAACCGAACUCCAACAGAUAAUCAGACAAGUGCGAAGCAGCCCAACGGAUCUAUCACUCAUGCUUACUUUCUUAACCGAUCCCAUGCUGCGGUUUCGGAUCUGCAUCAUUGCACAUCUACUGGAAGCUGCUGUAUCCAUCACUGACGACUCUUGGUAUGGAGUCCAUCCACGUUCGCUCGGUGAAGAGGAAAUGAACUACGUUAUGGAAAAACUACGUGACCUUUUCAGAGAAUUGUUCCAGCAGCCGCUUGCCCAAACUAGCCUGAGACGUUUCCUCACAGCUGUAUUAGAAUGGAGUGAAAAGAGGUCGAUGAAUGAUACAGAUCAGGAGUCUGGGAACCCUGAUCUUCCAGAGAUCGUUAAAAGAGUUAUUCCUUGUCACGAUAUUUUGUCGAUUGAGUACCGAAACCUGGUCGAUGCAAGUAAACGCGACGAGGGCCUCAUCUCCGUGGCUAAAAGGUUAUACAAGUUCAUGAUGCUCUCUUUGAGAAAUAAGGCUUUUGUAGAUGCACCUGACUGGCCCACUGAAGGUAGAAUUGUCAUUGAUAACCUACGGGUCAGGCUUCGUAUGGCUCGAUACCAUGGCCCCUCCCAGCGCCUCAUUCGUAAUCUGGUGAGCAUGGUUCAUCAGUUUUGGGAGAGUGGAGGCGCCACUGAUACAAGUCUUGCGAUCAAACGUACCAUAGCCACAGCGAUCAGAAAAGCGGUUCGUAGUUCUGGUAUUGAUUCUGGCGGAAACAUUGGAGUGAGCCUGGGAGGAUGGGAUGUAAUGAGCGAGAUUGAGCGCCUGAUACGGAUGAUAGGCAAGGAUAUUGCUUCUAUUCCACUUCCUAGCCUGCUUUGCUCUGGUCUUGAAGUUGAAACAAAUCGAGUUGCAUACUACAGCAUCACGAAGACUUCAUUCCAUAAACGCCUUGCCGAUGUUGGUGAGAUCAGCUUUAUAAUCCCUCCAGACAGCCUCGAUAUUGACCUCAAAUUCACAUUGGCCCUCCCAGAGAUCCAACGAAUGGCCACUUCUGCGUAUCCCACUACAAGCAAAGGCACUAACAAUGCGUCCACCAUUAGCAGCGGCAUCACAUCCAGCCAAAGAACAAUGAUUAGCGUUAGUACUGCUGACCAACGAGCGCUUAACGCCCAGCUCGGUAGAGGGUCUUCGGAACCUGUCCUUAGGACAUUUGAAACUGGACGAGCAACAGCUAGGACAGAUACACAAACCAGGGGUGAGGCUGUACAAGGCGUCGCAAACGAUGCUAAGACCGUUACUCAAACCAUCAAGGAUAUUCUGUAUCCAAACCAGGUAUCCUGUGGCCGAUUGCGUACAAUUGCCAGGAGCUCAUAUAGGGCCUUUAGUCAGCCAGAUCGAGUAGGGAUAAACUGGGGCCUUUCAAACGAUCAUGUCGCAUGGGCUCGUCAGCAACGUGCACAGAGCACUGGGGAUAGAGCUAGCCCUGUGGCUGUGCAACAGCCCUUAGUAAUGCCUGAAUAUAUCUUCACUCCUGCACCAGGCUCUGACAGAGAGAACGAAAGGGAGCGCUACCAGCUCAUGAGAGUCAGAGAGUGUAAUGUUCAUCUGCAUCAACUUCACAGUCAGAUCCAUGAGACAAAGAACCCUCUCCUUCAUACAUUAGCACAUGGGAUUGUUGUACGCCAGCUUCGAAAAGCCUUUGAGCAGGCGGUGUGCGAAGCUAUUUUUAAGCUAGUUGAUGUGAUCAACGCUGGUGUUGAGGAGAUUAUCCAGGUGUCUGAGGAGGAGAUCAAGAAUCUUCAUAAUACUCCCACUAAUAUGGUCCCUGGACACUCAGGAGCAACUCAGAUAUUCCAAGACAAUGAACAACAAUCUUCGCAUCGUUACCUAUCACCACAGCAUCAGCCUGCGUCUACCAAAGACACUCCUAUCUUUGCAGCUAUGCCGCUGAUGUCCGGCACCUUUUAA